UAAAAAUUUAAAAAAUAAAUAAAUAUUUCAAUUCCUCCAUUGACGACCCUUCCAUCUUCUUCUUCUUCUUCUUCUUCUUCUUCUUCUUCGUUGACGUCUUUCUUUGUUAACCAUGUCUGGUUCUGACGGCGUCAACUGCAACAAUGGCGCCAUUAUUGAUCUUUCUCAGACUAACAACAAUGGCGGUUUGGCCGUCAAAAAACCUCCGUCCAAGGACCGUCACAGCAAGGUCGAUGGCCGUGGCCGCCGUAUUCGUAUGCCGAUCAUUUGUGCUGCUCGGGUCUUCCAACUUACUCGCGAGUUGGGCCACAAAUCUGACGGUCAAACCAUCGAGUGGCUUCUCCGUCAAGCGGAGCCUUCGAUUAUUGCUGCCACUGGCACCGGCACUACUCCGGCUAGCUUCUCCACCAUUUCCGCUUCACUCCGCGGUGGUUCUGCUGCUGCUGCUUCGUCUCUCGACCAUAAGCCGCUUUUGGCUCCGGCGCCGUUCAUUCUUGGCAAGCGCGUUAGAACGGACGACGAUGGAGAUAAUAAAGACGACGGUAGCGGUGGCGGUGGCGGUGGUGGUGGCGUUUCGGUUGGCUCUACUGUGAGUUCGUUUAUGGGUACGGCUGCCGCGGGUGGAUAUUGGGCGAUUCCUACGAGGCCGGAUUUCGGACAGGUGUGGAGCUUUGCAGCAGCGGCGGCGGCGGCUCCGGAGAUGGUGAUUCAACCGACCGCGGUUUCUCACCCGGCGUCGCUGUUCGUUCAGCAGCAAUCGAUGGGAGAAGCGUCGGCGGCGAAAGUGGGAAAUUACCUUCCAGGGCAUCUGAAUUUGCUUGCUUCUUUAUCUGGUGGACCGGGAAGUUCCGGCCGAAGAGACAACGACCACCGUUGAAGUCGUAAUCCCGCCGCCGUCCACGACGGCCUCGUGUUUCGUGUUCAUAGAAUUAUAUAACUACCCUAAACCCCACCCUUCAAUUUCUCUAUCGCUUUUUUUUUUCCCCUUUUCGUGUGGAGCUUAGAAUUUUAGGGUUUUUGGCUAUCGAAUUCUUAACUUAGAUCGAGUGAAAAUUAGGGUUUCCUUUUUCUCUUUUCAAAUCAUUAUUCUGAAUUUUGGCUGUUUUUGCCAGAUUUUGCUCUAUGAACUCUGCUAAUUUCGUUGAAGUUCUUCCGCCAUUUCAAUGGAAAUCCAUGGCGGAACUCAGCUCUGAUGGCUUUCUGGUUAUGCUUCUGUUCUUCUUCUUCUUCUUCUUCUUCUUCUUCUUCUUCUUCUUCUUCUGAUUUUGUGUUUGAUCCGCCAUGGAUGAGUUUGUUGAAGUUCUUCUGACUCUGGUUGAAGUUCUUCCGCCAUUUUAAUGGAAAUCCAUGGCGGAACUCAGCUAAGAUGGCUUUCUGGUUAUGCUUCUGUUAUUCUUCUUCUUCUGGUUUGUGUUUGAUCCGCCAUGGAUGAGUUUGUUGAAGCUUUUCUUCAUCUUCAUCUCUCUGUAAGGCCUCUGUUUUUCGAGGUUUUUCUUCAAUUUUCUUAAUCAAUUGGGUUUUAGAUUCAUCAGAGUGAGAAUAAUCAAUAAUUUUGUUGUUUCCAUCUAUGGAAUUGGUUCUGAUUUCUCCAACACAUGUCUCAAUUUGCUGUAAUAUGAACCUUGAAUCUUGGAAGUUUCGAUUCCAUUUUCUCGGGAAAGAACACGGAAUUUUGUGGGAGGGAAAAUUUUUGGGAUUGGUUUCAGCUUUGAAUCUGAUUUGACUCAUUGGAUUCUGAGUUUUUUUGUUUUCCCACUGAUUUUGUGUUGUUCAAUGGCAUUCAUUGUACCCUCAGCUGAUUUUAUUACCAUUUA